AUGAAGUUUUCCAACCCAAAUGAGACUUUGCUUUUUUCGCACACGGAUUUCAUCCUCUUGGGCUUCCCGGGGGUAGUAACGUCCCGCCGUCUCCUCGCCUUCCCCUUCUCCGCCGUCUACGGCCUGAUCCUGAUGGGCAACGUGGUCAUUCUGCACAGGAUCUGGGUGGAGAAGGCUCUCCGCUCCCCCAUGUACAACCUCAUAGCCCUUCUCUUUGCGGUGAACAUCUCCUGCACGACGGCCAUUGUUCCCAAAGCUCUGACGGGGCUGCUGCUGGGACUGGACGGCAUCGGCCUCCGCGAUUGCCUGUUUCAGAUGUUUUAUAUUUAUACGGCUGUCAUGUUUGAGUCUAGCGUCCUCUUGAUGAUGGCCUUGGACCGGUACGUGGCCAUCUGCAAACCUCUGCGCUACCAUCACAUCAUGACGAAGAGCCUCCUGCUCAAGCUCUCCGUGGUGAGCGCCAUCCAGUGCGGCCUCUGGACGUCGCCGAUAAUUAUCGUGGCUUCGAGGGUCCGUUUCUGCAGAUCCAACGUCAUCCUGAACUUUCUCUGUGAGAACAUGGUGCUCCUAAACCUGGCGUGCGGCGACGUCUCCCGGCUCCAGAUCGUGGGACUUGCGGUGAGGAUCGCGGUCACCGGCCUGGACAUCACCGUCCUGCUCAUCUCUUACUCCAAAAUCCUGUACACGGCGCUCCACGCGGUUUCCAGGAGCGAUCGCCGUAAAGCGCUGCACACCUGCGGCACGCACUUGCUCGUGGUGGUGCUGAAUUACUCGUGCGGCCUGCUGUCCUCCAUGGCCUAUCGGAUGGACAUCUCGGUGGACAUUCAGAAUCUGACCAGCGCCGUAUAUUUCCUGUUCCCGGCCACCGUGCACCCGAUUAUUUACGGCUUCAGAGUGAAGGAGAUCAAAGCCAGUUUAUUAAAGUCGUGGGGGAUGGCAUGA